AUGAUGCUGACGGUGUAUGCUGUAGGAGCUAUUACAUGCUUAGACUCUAAUAUACAACUGCAUGAGGCAUUGCCCUGCAAGACUACCCAUGUGAAUUUCUUGAACAAAAUUUCAAUUUGUCUUAGCUCAACUGGAGCUCCUUGUAAUUCUGUACUCUCUGCCUCCUGCUUUUCUUGGAGAAACCGUGUUCAGCUAAACAGCCCCAAGAAAUGGCUUUGCAGGAUGCAUGAUUCGAGUUCAUCAGAUGAUGAGUAUCGAUCCUCACGCAACAUAGCAAUCAGUUUGUUUAGGCGGUACAGGAAUGUGGUUGACCGUGGAGGAGGUGCCAACCUAAAAGAGUUCAUCAGUGCUGGGGUGAAUGCAUAUGCGCUGGGCUGCACAGAUGAGGGGUUAAGGAAAGAACUUGUUGAUAUGAAAGAAUCUGGUGUUGAAAUUGAAGGAAUGCAAAGCUAUGGUGGAACCACCAGUUUGAAAUCCAAGAUUGCAUCAGAGGAGGUUGAGGAGUGCAUUCUGUGGUUGAGCAUUAUAUUCAUCACCAUCCUGUGUACACCACAGCCAACAAUAGUUAGGUGGUCAUCCACACCUCCAGUGUCAGAUGAAGAAAGGCUUAAGUGGAAAGGUUUUUGUGCACUCAUAGCAAAUGCAUAUUAUGUGAGAGGAAUGGCAUGGCUUCCGGUAAAGACGCUUCAACUAGAGCAAAUGGCAGUGGUUGGAUAUGCUGAAGAACCUUCAGUUGUUGCAAGUCGAAUGCGAUUAGUUUUUAGCACACUUGAGGUUGUGAGUCCACAGUGGCCUAGAGUAUAG